GCGCUGCCCUCGGCGGCUUCGGCUCUGCAGCAACAGGUGCAUUCACAAAAGUGAAAUUCCUCAUUGGCUUCUUCUUCUUGUGGAAAGUCAGGUCAAAAGUGCAUCGAUCAAUGAGGAAUAAAGCCUCACCCCGCCGCCCUCCUGGAUAUGUCCAGGCUGUCAACACCAAGCAAGAUGCGGGAGUGUGGCAUGCUGGAGAUGCACCGAGUCGCUCUGCGGAGUGCUUCUUUGUGCAAGCAGCUGGUAGUUGAUGAGCUGCUCAUUCAGUUUCUGCUGGAGGACAACAUCCUCACCGAUAGCAUGGCUGAGGGCAUCCUGGCCGAGCAAACGUCCCAGAAGCGAAGCUGGCGUCUGCUGCUGCUCCUGCCCAAGCGAGGCCCGCGAGCCUUCGGCAGCUUCUGCUCAGCACUGAGAGAAACCGAGCAGCGGCACCUGUGCGAGCUGCUCGCGCUGUCGCAGGAGAAGGAUGGCAAAGAGACACAACCCGAGGAGGAGUGCGAAAGACGGGCGGGACGGCAGCUCAUUCAGACAUCGGAGAGGAGGAGAGAGAGAUAUGGCGACUCCUCUCUUCCAUUUUCCACCCAGGAGGAAAUCGAAGCCAAACGGGCGAGGACACACGAGUACAUGGAGUACAGCCUGGAUGCAGACAGCCCCAUCACCGCUCCUGUGCUCCCUUGCACGCAUGACCUCUACCUCUCGCAAUGCCUCAAGUCCUAUGUAAUGACCUCAUCCCCGCGCGGUUUAGCGCUGGUGAUCAGCAACGUGACGUUUGACCCGCGCACCGCGGCCGACCUUGACCCCAGGAAGGGAGGCGAGGUGGACGAAGAGGUGCUCCGGAAGCUUUUUGCAGAUCUGGACUAUGCGGUGACGGUCCGCAGGGAUCUGACGGCCGAGGAAAUGAGAAGUUGCAUCGAGACCUUCAGCAGGCGCCCGGAGCACCGCACGGUGCACAGCUGCGUGGUUUGUCUGCUCUCCCACGGCAAGGAAGGAGCUGUGUACGGCACCGACGGCCAGCUCCUGCAGCUUCAGUGGGUGUUUGAGGCCUUCGACAACGUCCGCUGCCCGCUGCUACAGAACAAACCAAAGAUGUUUCUCAUCCAAGCCUGCAGAGGAGAGCAGCUGGACUGCGGAGUGGAGCAGGUGGAUGGGCCAGGAAGGACCAGCUCACCCAGCUGUGAAGAGCGGGAUGCCGGGCGAGAAGGCCCCCCGGCCGCUGGCGCUCGACAGGGAGGAGACCUCGGACUGCCCAGGAUUAAACUGCCCCAGCGCUCUGACAUGAUAUGCGGCUUUGCCUCUCUCAAAGGUCAGAGAAUUUGCACGGCGGCCAUGCGCAACACCAAGCGAGGAUCCUGGUUCAUCCAGGAGCUCAACUCUGCCCUCCGCCUCCACGCCAGAGACACCCACAUGGCGGACAUCCUGGUGCAGGUCAACGGGCGGAUCAAAGAGCGCGAGGGUUACGCCCCCGGCACGCCCUACCAUCGCUGCAAAGAGAUGUCCGAGUUCACCAGCUCGCUGUGCAAAGACCUCUACUUUUUCCCCAAAUACCAGCCCCACUCUUCAUAAUGCACUUUCACACACACACACACACACACACACACACACACACACACACACGCCGUCCCCGCGAGUGUGCUCACACGUCCCCUCAUUCCAAGCGUAUUACUGCCACACACUUUUGCAUUCCAGUGUUACAGGCUGACACACACACACACACACACACACACACACACACACACACACACACACACACACAUACAAACUGGCAUCCAAACAUUUAUUCAUUCACAUUUUUUAUGUUGACACUGCCUCAGCAAAAUUCACUCAGCGAUGUUGGUGAGCUUAUGCUAAUCGACAUGUUUGACAUCUCACCGCGUAGAAAAAUUGAGCCGUGUGUCGGGGGCGUUAAUCCCCUUGUGUGGCUAUAAUUGUAAAAUGUAUUUUCUACACAGAUCUAUUUUUGUUUUGUACAAAUUUAUUUUUGAAGGUUUUUGUAAAUUAACCCCAGCGUUUUAAUGUGUUUGUUCAGCUUCACCGUCAGUUGUCAUGUUGCAGUCCACAGUAGUGAGAGGCAGAGGGCAGCAUUGAGCAAUAAGGUUAGUGCAGAAGUGCCCCCGCCCCCACCCCUCACCUCCACACCAAAUAGGAAGUGCUCCAACAUUCCAGAACGUUUCCUACUGUGAUGACGGUGUCACCUUUUAUUCAGCUAAAUCCCUCUGACCUGCUUUUACUUCUGAGACAAUUGUUUGUGUUGUAAAUAUUUCCUUUUAAACAGUAAACAUCAGGGGAAUGCAAGCGUGCUACUCCUCGGGCCUUCCGCCCACAGUGUGAACUUUGAUCUUUACGCCAAUGCUGACACCGAAUCGCGCUUCUCUUUUAGCAUUGAUAUUUUCUGUUAUCGAUGGGAUAUAGUGACAAAAGUACAUCUCACGUCUUCCGGAGAGUUUAAAGAAAUGUGCAGUUUAUUGGAUAAAUAAUGAGUUGUGUUCACAGUACCAUCAAUGACCACCCAGCAUUUGUCAAUGCUGGGUGGUCAUUGAUGUUUCCCAGAAAAGCCACAGAGGCAACGUGUUUUUGGUUACAGUGUUGUGGAGAACCAUACUACAAAACAGUAUUGAGUUGUGACCAGAGAGGCUCUACAAAGCGCUGCUUUCAUGUGUUCUUCUUGAGUAUUGGUUUUAAUGAUUGGAAAAGAGAAUGGUGAAGGGGUCACCGCACAGCAAGAGGAUGUGAUUUGCUGCCAAACUCUUGUGCGGGGACGGGAGGGGGGGAGGAUUUAUUUCUGUCAUCGCUGAUGACUGCCAAGUCUUCCGUACAAUAAACAAGCUAAUGUGCAUCAACGAGA